AUGGGGGACGAGAACCGGAUCGUGGGGGGCCACAGCUGCCAGAAGAAGCGUCACCCCUACCAGGUGGUCCUCCUGGGCCCUCAGAAGAACAUCCACUGCGGGGGGGUCCUCAUCGGCAAGUCGUGGGUGCUGACGGCCGCCCACUGCGACACCAAGAGCCCCAUCCCCAUCCGCAUGGGCGACCACAGUUUGAAGACCAAGGAGGGGACGGAGCAGUGCAUCACCUCGGCCAAGGCCUUCAUCCACCCCAACUACAACCCCACCAGCCAUGACAGUGACAUCAUGCUGCUGAAGCUCCAGAAGCCCGUCCGCUUCACCAACCACGUCUAUUCCGUGGCGCUCCCCAAGCGUUGUCCUCCACCCAACACCGAGUGCAUCGUCUCGGGCUGGGGCAGCACCAGUAGCCCUGAAGGCUACUUCCCCGACGUUCUCCAGUGCGGCGUGGUCUACACCAUGCCCAACGAAGAGUGCGGCAAGCUCUAUCCCAAAGGCAUCACCAAGAACAUGCUCUGCGCCGGCGUCAGCUCGGGGGGCACCGACUCCUGCCAGGGCCGGGUGUGCACAGGUAGAGAAAUGGCUGUUGUGGACAUGUGGACGUGUGUUGUGGCCGUGUGUCGUGGACACAUGGACGUGUGGAGAUGUGUCAUGGACGUGUGGACGUGUGUUGUGGACAUACGGACAUGUGUUGCGGACACAUGGACAUGUGGACGUGUGUUGUGGACACAUGGACGUGUGGACGUGUGUUGUGGAUGUGUGGACGUUUGUUGUGGACAUACGGACUUGUGUUGUGGACACAUGGACAUGUGGACGUGUGUUGUGGACGUGUGGACAUGUGUUGUGGACAUACGGACUUGUGUUGCGGACACAUGGACGUGUGUUGUGGACGUGUGGACGUGUGUCAUGGAUGUGUGGAAGUGUGUUGGGAACAUAUGGACAACAGGUCACGGACAUGUGGACGCGUGUUGUGGACGCGUGUCAUGGACGUGUGGACAUGUGUUGCGGACAUGCAGACGUGUUGUGGACGUGUGGAUGUGCGUCAUGGACGUGUGGACACGUGUUGUGGAUGUGUGGAAGUGUGUUGUGGACAUGUCAUGGACAUUGGAUGUGCAGACGUGUGUCGCGGACGUGUGUCAUGCAUGGGUGGACAUGUGUUGCAGACGUGUGUCGUGGACGUGCAGACGUGUGGUGGACAUGUGUCGUGGACAUAUGGACAUGUGGAUACGUGUUGUGGACGUGCAGACGUGUUGUGUGGACGCGUGUCGUGGACAUGUGGACGCGUGUCAUGGACACGUGGAUGGGCAGACGUGUUGUGGCCGUGCAGACGUGUUGUGGACGUGUGUCGUGGACAUGUGGACGCGUGUCGUGGACACGUGGAUGGGCAGACGUGUUGUGGACGUGCAGACGUGUUGUGGACGGGUGUCGUGGACAUGGGGACGCGGGGCAUGGGAACCGGCCACGGCGAUGGAGGUGCAAGCCAUGGUGGCCUCCAGGCUAUGGGACACCGUGAAGCUGCUGGCAGCCCUGGUCUUGGUGGCAUCCACAGCCUCCGCGGUGGCGGGUGAAACGCGCGUGGUGGGCGGCAUGGACUGCGAGCCCCACUCGCAGCCGUGGCAGGUGGCCAUCCUCGACAUGUACAAGCUCUACUGCGGCGGCGUCCUCGUGGCCAGGCAGUGGGUGGUGACGGCGGCCCACUGCACCACGCCAGGGACCACCAGCAUCCGCCUGGGCAAGCACAACCUCUACACGCGGGAGUGGGGCGAGGCGCGGAAGAUGGUGCAGAAGUUGGUGGCGCACCCCAACUACAACCCCACCACCAAGGACAACGACAUCAUGAUGAUAAAGCUCCUGACGCCCGUCACCCUCACCAGCAGGAUCCAGCCCGUCCCCGUGGCCUCCUGCCUCCCAGAGCCCGGCACUACCUGUGUCACCUCAGGAUGGGGGGCCACCAGCUCCCCAGAAGUUUCUUACCCGGACGUCUUGCAGUGCGUCAACGUCACCAUCUUCUCCAUGGCCGAGUGUCGCCGGUUAUACCCCGGUUCCAUCACCGAGAACAUGCUGUGCGCCGGGAGCCUCCAAGGCGGUAGGGACUCCUGCCAGGGCGACUCCGGAGGACCUCUGGUUUGCAACGGGACCCUCCAAGGUAUCGUGUCCUGGGGCAUGGAGAAAUGUGGGCAACCCAAGAGACCUGGUGUCUACACCAAGGUCUGUAGAUACGCCCAGUGGAUCCAGAAGACCAUGAAGGACAACCAGUGA